AACAUGAUAAGUACUACUAUUGCUCGUGUAACAGAAACCGCAACCUAAAACCCCCCUUUUUCUACUCCUGUUGAGGUUUUGGGAUUUCUCUGAGCGAAAUCAGCAACCACCAUGAUACGCACUGCGCUAUCACGAGCAGCAGCCACCGUCGCCGCCCGCACCUCCGCCAAGCUCCGCCCUUCCCUUCUGGCACGGUGGAGAUCGUCCAGACAUCUCCACGAUGGGAUUAACGCCAACCCUGUUGCUGUUCAGAUGAUCAACUACGCCCUCUCUCUCGCCAGGUCUCACAAAUCAGAUGAAUCGUACGGUCAAGCUCAGCUUGUGCUGGAACAGUGCCUUUCAUCUCAGCCUGGUGAAGGCCAGGACCUUGCUUCUGAUAAUUCAAGGGCAAUGGUGUUAAUGGCCAUGUCUACUUUGUUAUCUGAAAGAGGAAGGCUUGAUGAAGCAACAGAAAAACUGCAAAAAGUCGAAGACUUGAGCAGCUCUUCAGUUGGUGUUAGGAUUGCCGCGUUGGAGGCGCUUGUUGGACUGCACUUAGAGUUAAAGCAGGAUCAUACCUCAUCAGUGCUCGCUGAUAAAUGCUUAGAACUGUCGGAGAAACAUGAUGAACUUGGAUCUGGUGGUUCUGAGGGAUAUACUCGUGCUGUAGCGGUAAAAGGGCUUGUUGAGCUUGUGCAUGGUAAUCUGGGAUUAUGUAAAGAUGUAGCUAAAGGUGAACUUUUCAUUCGAGAAGUUGAGAGAAAUGUUGAGGAAGUUGAAGAAUUCACUGGUAGUACUGCUUUAUUCUUUGGAGAGCUCUUGCAUGCCAGACAGAGCUUUGAGAUGGCGAAGAAGGUAUACCAGAAAAUUGUCCAAAAUGAUUCCAGGAAUGAAGAGUUCAGUGACCCAAGUGCAUUAGCAGCUGGUAAUAUGUCGUCAGACAAUGUUUUGUUAGCGGCCACAUGUGCGUUGGGACAGCUUGAGGCUCAUUCAGGGAACUUCGGUGAUGCUGAGGAGAUGUUAACGAGAGCUUUAACUAAAACAGAGGAACAUUUUGGCUCUCAUCAUCCUAAAGUUGGCGUUGUUUUAACCUGCAUAGCUCUCAUGUUUCAGCGUAAAGCAGUCCAAGAGCAUUCCAGUUCUAUAUUGAUCCAAGAGGGACUUUAUAGAAGGGCAAUAGAAUUGCUGAAAGCUCCAGCAUUGGAGGCUGAAGGUGCAGAAGCAAAGGUAGAUAGAAGUGAUAUAGUGGCCCUUGCAAGAGGUGGGUAUGCAGAAGUACUUUGCAUCCAACAGAACCGAAAGCAUCAAGGAGAAAAAAUGAAGAGAUGGGCAGAGGCUGCAUGGGGAAACCGCCGGCUCUCAUUGGCAGAAGCACUAGAUGUAUCUACAUCUUUAAAAGUUCCAAUUAUAGAUGCUCGAAUCAGCAGGGUUCUGUAGUGUUUUCAUUCCUAGGAUCUGCAGACAGCAGUGGCAGCUCAAGGUUCCUUCGUGUUAUGCAGUGGAGCAAGAAUAGUUGUUCUAAUCCCAUCAGGCCCUUUGCACUGCCUAAUGAUAUAGCAGAUACGAGCAGACAAGCAGCAUACUUCAUAGAGAAGUAUCUUUAAGCCAUUUGACAUUAUGGCACGUGUAUCAUUAUGUACCUAUCUACCGAUAAUGGAGAGGCAUCUAUGCCGGAAGUUAUAUACAUACUUGGAAUAAUGCUUGUUGAAAUAAAUUUUGAUAGGGAAAAAAUUUUGGUGGUGGUUUUGUUGCUUCUA